UUAUUGUCUUAGGGAGGGGUGAGGAAAGGAAAAAAGAGAGAAAAUCCAGAACUCAAUUUUUUUAAAAGUAAAUAUUUAAAAUUGUUUUUGCAUGUAAUUGGAAAAAUAAAAUACUAUUUUAAAAAGAGUGGUCCUCAGAACUAAAAACAAUACUCCAGAUGUGUUCUGUCCAGGCAGAGUUCAGAAAGAUUGACUACUACUUCCCUAGGCCUGGACACUAUGAUACUCUUGAUGCAUCCUAAGAUUGAAUGAACUUUCUUGGAUGAUGCAUCACACUACUGACUCAUGGUAACCUUGCAGUCUACUUUAUUUGAAGUAACUUUUGGCCGUUUAAAAAAUAAUAAUAAUUCCUUACUUAGUGGAAGAUUUAUCACUGCUAAAGAAAGGAAAAAGCCCUGGAAUUGGCGGCAGAAGACCUUGAAUUGAAUCUCUACUUUCAAUACAGAAUAGCUAAAAAUGAAUUUUAAAAUGUGAAUAAAUGUUAAAACUUAUGCUACUAGAAAUGGGUCACUAAGAGAAGUAGCCAGUAAGGUAAAGUGCAGCUUUUAUUUGAUCAAUAUGUCAAUUCCACUCCCACUCCAAUUUCCAAAGCAAAAUUUAAAAAGGGGUGGGGAUGGUAAUAAGUAAUGUCAUAAGACUUAAAAAAAAAUUAGAUGGGAAAGGAUGGAGGGAAGAAAAAGCAGAAAAGAGGAAGAAAAUGGAAGGGGUAAAGAACUAAGAAGAAAGGCGGGGUGGAAGGAAAGAACAUUAAGAGUUCAGAGAGGGGAAAGGGUGAAGAUGAUCAGGAGAGCUAGAUUGAAGAGAAAGAAAACUAUGGAAAGGCUAAGGAGGUGCAAGAAGAAGGAGGGGAGAAUGGAAAGUAAAGAAAAGGAGGAGGAGGAUUGUAGUUAGGAGAGAGAAAAGGAAGAGGGAGAUUAGGGGCUAUGGCAUGGUGGAAGAGGUGCUGAGAUUUGGCUCUCCAAGGAGGUGGGGUCUGGGCCGGAGGCAGGGCGCGCAGCUGGUCCCAGACGCCUCCUCCUAAAACAGCUGCAGCUGCCUCUAAGGCACAGCCCACAUACAUACUUCUUUGCGCUCUAGCUCAGGCUCCUGCAACCCUGCCUCCUCCCGCGGCAAGACUACGGCUCCCCAAUAAUCCCUGGCUGCCGUGUCAAAGCUCAGCAGCCAGACUUGGGGAGUCCUCAACACCCCACUCCCACCUCCCCCUUUUUUCUUCCCCAGGGUGUGUGUUGAGGGGGUGGAGCAUUGGAUGCCUGGCUGGGCUUUAAAAUCCAGCUCCGCGCUCUCCUGCCAGCAGAGCAAGGGUAGAAGCCGUUGCCUUUACCCAGCGAGACGCCUAAGGGACCCUUGGCGCAUUUUGCAUGUGCCAGGAACAGCUCUCCAGCCCGGGUCUCCCUUGAAUUGAGCUUUUGAUAGAGCCCAUCUCCGUGUGUUAGGGCUCUGCCUCCUCCCAGCGACCCCUGCCCAGCCCGCCAGGGGCUAGUGCUCCCUACGUUUUGAACCUCUGGAGAGGGAUAAGCAAGCCGGCCGGCUCAGGGGCUGCUUCUUCUAGCUUUGGCUAAGCUGGCUUUGCAGUAAAUCCCAUUUGCUGUCCGCUGGCUGGUCCGCGCUCCUUUGGCGCCCCUGGUCUGCGCAACUGGCGUGUCUGCCUUUGUUUCUUAGCCGUCCCACAGGGCUUCUGUAGGGGUCGUUUCGAUUAGUUGCAGCUGCAGCAGUUAAGCCCCAAGAUUAAGCGAAGAGGGGUCGCCAUGCUUCAAAGUACCUUCCUGCUGUGUACCCUGGGGCUGCUGGCGCUGCUGCGCCCCAGCCGGGCAGAGCCCGUGGCAUGCCCCCCGCGCUGCGACGUCUCCAAGUGCCCCACUCCCAGCUGCCCGGGAGGCUACGUGCCCGACAGCUGUAACUGUUGCCUGGUGUGCGCCGCGGCCGAGGGCGAUGCGUGCGGCAGAAAGGACGACCCCCCCUGUGGAGACAGCUUGGAGUGUGGCCACCCGGCGGGCAAGCGCUUCGCUAAGGGAGUCUGCCAGUGCAAGCUGACCUACCAGGUGUGCGGCAGCGACGGGCGAACCUACGACAACGUGUGCCGGCUGAAGGCUGCCAGCCGCAAAGCCCUUCAGCAGGGGCUGCCCGCUGUCAUUCAGAUCCAGAAGGGUGCCUGUGAAUCGGGUCACCAACAAUACACCAGCCCGAGGUACAAGUUUAACUUCAUUGCGGAUGUGGUGGAAAAGAUUGCACCAGCAGUGGUUCACAUUGAACUUUUUCUGAGGCAUCCUCUCUUCGGUCGAAAUGUGCCUUUGUCCAGUGGGUCUGGAUUCAUCAUUUCAGAAUCUGGCUUAAUUGUGACCAAUGCCCACGUGGUGUCAAGCACUAAUGCCAUUUCUGGACGACAGCAGUUGAAAGUUCAGCUGCAGAGUGGGGACACCUACGAGGCGACAAUCAAAGACAUUGACAAGAAGUCUGAUAUCGCCACGAUCAAAAUUAAUCCCAAGAAAAAACUACCUGUGUUACUGCUGGGACAUUCAGCAGACCUGAGGCCAGGAGAAUUUGUGGUGGCUAUUGGGAGUCCUUUUGCCUUACAAAACACAGUCACAACAGGAAUUGUCAGCACAGCCCAGCGAGAUGGGAAGGAAUUGGGUCUUAAAGACUCUGACAUGGACUACAUUCAGACAGAUGCCAUCAUCAAUUAUGGAAACUCAGGAGGACCUUUGGUUAAUCUGGAUGGAGAAGUCAUUGGAAUAAACACAUUAAAAGUGGCAGCUGGGAUCUCUUUUGCUAUUCCUUCAGAUCGUAUCACACGCUUCCUUACCGAGUCCUAUGACAAGCAAAACAAAGAUGUGAAAAAGCGCUUCAUUGGUAUACGGAUGCGAACCAUUACCCCAGUUUUGGUAGAAGAACUGAAGGAUAACAAUCCUGAUUUUCCUGAUGUCAGCAGUGGGAUUUAUGUGCAUGAAGUAGUCCCAAAUUCGCCAUCUCAAAGAGGAGGAAUCAAAGACGGAGACAUCAUUGUUAAAGUUAAUGGCCGUCCCUUGAAAAACUCCAGCGAACUACAGGAAGCUGUAAUGAAGGAGUCACCCCUAUUACUUGAAGUUCGAAGAGGAAAUGAUGAUUUGCUCUUUAAUAUUGAGCCUGAAGUGGUCAUGUAGAGGAAGGCGUCCCUAUACACUCUUGUCAACUUCUUGGAUUCUGGAAUAUUGGAUACCUCUUCUUCAAACUAAUCCCAUAUCCUGUUGACUAACGACAAGAUGGCCUAAAAUGUGUGAGCCUGAGCCAUUUCUGUACAGGGACAAUCGAUUCUAAUGUCACAGAGUUAAAACGAUGGACCAAAUUUUGCCUUUAAUGGAGCCCCAAAAUACCUUUUAUUGGUAUUGCUCUAAGGCAAAAUUGGACCCAGUGGUUCUGAAUUUUAGUGCUAGAGUAUUUUAAAAUUAUCUGUUGUAUUAGAAAAAAAGUAGAGAGUCACAAUAUUUUCCUUGUACAGAAGCUGCUGAGUGUCACCCAAGAAAGAGCCAGACUCUCCAGGAACCCUACUGCUGGGGAGAAGGCCAUAUUCUAAAGGGGAGGUCCCAUCAGAUUGGUUAAGAUCCAAAUCUCUGUGCUGUAGCAUGAAGCUCUUUGGAUGGAAAGCCGUGCUUUUCAUGUCCUCUUGAAUGUGAAAUCAUAUUUGGAAACAGUUUCCCCACUUUGAGUUAAUACAAGGGUAUAGUGGAGAGAUUUAUGGCAGAAUCAUAGGCUUGUAGAGUUGACAAGGGCCUUGGAGAUGAUCUGGUGUGAUGGCCCCAUUCCACAGAUGAGGAAGCCAAGGCCCAGAAUGGGGACUUGGGACUUGCCCAAAGUCUCACAGCUAGUGGCAAAGUGGUGGGCGAGAACUUAGGUCACCCGACUCCUAACUAAAUCCAUUUGCUGCCAUGCAGUCUCACCCUUCUCAUGACUCUGUGGUCAUGAACAAAUGUGGUAAUUGGCUGCAGCAGCUGACACCUAGGUCAUGCAGUUCUGGAAGAGAGUAAAUGAUUCUUAUAGAAUUAAAACCAUAUAUAUGAGGAAAAAAAACAAGCAGAUGAUGUGAAAAAAUAAUAUGCUUUUUUUUUUUUUUACAUUUUGGGUAUAGAUUAGUUUUUACAUUAUAUUGGCAGGCUUUACUGUAAAAUGAAUACUCAGUGUAGCUUGUACUGUAUGUUUCUACUGUAAGAAAAUAUUAAAGUUUACAAGCAAAUUGUUCUUA